AUGAACUUUAUCAAACGAUGCUGGGAGGAGAUUGGCCAGGAGUUUACAAUAGCAGUGAUGGGGUUCUUCCAGAAUGCUAAGCUACCAACUGAUGCGAAUGUUACGUGGGUAACCCUUGCUCCGAAAUUUGUGGCUGCCAAAGAGAUCAAGGACUUUAGGUCGAUUAGUAUGGUGGGAUGUGUGUAUAAGGUGAUUUCAAAAGUCUUGGUGAGAAGAAUGAGAACAGUUAUGCCGGGUUUGGUAGGAGAGACACAAAGUGUAUUUGUGAAGGGUAGAAAAAUCUAUGAUGGCGCCCUAAUUGCCUGUGAGACGGUUCAGUGGCUCAAGACGCGUAAAAAGAAGGCAGCAAUUAUAAAACUAGAUUUUCAGAAAGUAUAUGAUAGAGUCAGGUGGAGUUUUGUCGAUAUUGUGCUUCAGAAGAUGGGCUUUGGACAAAGAUGGAGGAAUUGGAUGAAGGAGUGUGUCAGUUCGGCCACUAUGUCUGUCCUGGUUAAUGGGUCACCGUCUAAGCCGUUCAAAAUGGAGAGGGGCCUAAGACAAGGAGAUCCACUUUCUCCUCUUCUCUUUGUUCUUGUGGUUGAUGUGUUGCAUCGGAUGUUGGGGGAAGCCGUACACAAUGGGCGCAUUGCUCCCUUAAUGGUUGGAAGAGAUCAUAUUGAACUGUCACAUCUUCAAUUCGCGGAUGAUACACUUUUGUUUUGCCCUCUGGAGACAGAGAUAAUUAUGAAUUACAAGAGGCUGUUGCGCUGUUUUGAGCUGAUGUCGGGUCUGAGCAUCAAUUUUGAUAAGUCGAGUCUGAUCUCGGUCAAUUAUGAGCAAGAGUGGGUGGAGCAGGGCUGUCGCCUUCUGGGGUGCAAUCAAGCUGUCUUACCUGUUAGCCUUUACAAGAUGCUGAAGGCGGUCGCUGACAAGUUGAUUGCAUUACAGAGGAGGUUUAUGUGGGGCAAGGAGGAUGGAAACUAUGAUCAUCUUGUACCAGUAAAGGGUGGCCCAUGGAAAGACAUCUGUCAGUUGAAUAUAAAAGAACAACAGGUGAAAGAUAAACUUAUUAGUGGGAUGGCGAUGGAAGUAGGGGAUGGUAGGAAAACUAUGUUUUGGGAAGACAAUUGGAUUCAAGGUGGUCCUUUGAAAGCGAGUUUUCCAAGGGUUUUCUCUGUUUCAAACCAACAAGGAUUUGUGAUAGGAGAUUGUGGGUUUUGGGAUGGGUUAGAGUGGAUUUGGAAUUUUCAGUUGCGGAGAGAGUUAUUUCAAUGGGAGUUGGAACUUGUUCAUCAACUUCAUGAGAUGUUAAGGCCAGUGAAGCUAUCAACUGGUAGACAGGAUAAUCUUGUUUGGAAAUUUGAUAAUAAAGGUAUUUUUUCUACUUACUCUUCGGUGCAGGUGCUGCAAUCGGAGACUCUUUCACAAGAGAUUACGAGCUAUAAUUUCACAAGUGUUAUUUGGAAAGGGUUGGUACCGCCAAGAAUAGAGCUUUUUGGAUGGUUUGUUCUAGUUGGUCGGGUGUGGUGCACAUGGUUGAGGGGCUUUCGUAGAGAUUGGGUAGUCAUAGGAACCAUUAAAGGUCUAUUUGAGAGUUGGACUAGCAUGCUUAAUAGAAAAGAGGAGAAGAAGAGGUGGCUGAGUGAUUUGGAACAUCUGGAUGGAACGAAAAAGAAGAAGAAAAAGAACAAGUUGAAAGAACCUGGUAAAGGGGAAAGUGCUCAGGCACCAGGCAAUAGAGCAGCUCCUGGAAAGAAGGUUAACAUCCUCUACUGA